AGCAGCUUUACUUUUCGAUAUCGAGGCUCGGUGAUGUCACUCUUUAGUCACGGAAAAAAAUUUUGAUAGUUCCGAUGUUAACAAUCUUGAGAGCAUCAAACUUAUUGGAUGUUUGUCACCAAGUCAUUGUGUAAAAGAGGCUUGUAGAAGGUGUGUAAAUAGUUGGUAAUCUUGUACAUAUACAACCCACAAAAUGAAGCUAUAUUCCCUAACAGUAUUGUAUAAGACAGAGCACAAAGUGCGAUCACUGAAGGCUGCACAUGACCUCCAGUCCUUUGGAUAUUUUCAGAGAGGAAGUGUUAGAGAAUUUAUGGAUUUCACAAGUCGUAUAGUAACAGAGAGGACAUCUUUAUGUAGCAGGGCUUCAGUAAAAGAACAAGAAUACAUGGUGCAUGUCUAUGUGCGUGCUGAUGGUUUAGCAGGUGUGCUAAUUGCUGAUCAUGAAUAUCCAGUGAGAGUUGCCUUUACGUUGCUUAAUAAAGUGCUGGAUGAAUUCUCAGAAAAAUUCCCCAAGAUUGAAUGGGGUACCGUUGAAGAAAACACUGUUCAGUUUUCAAAUGCGGAUGAUUAUUUAGUCAAAUACCAGAAUCCCAAGGAGGCUGAUGCCAUGACCAGACUACAAGCAGACAUAGAUGAAACCAAGAUCAUUCUUCAUAAUACAAUAGAAGCUGUACUACAGAGGGGAGAGAAAUUAGAUGACCUUGUUGAUAAAUCAGAGGGACUCAGCACGCAAUCUAAGGCUUUUUAUAAAACAGCAAAGAAGACCAAUUCCUGCUGUGUGAUAUUAUAAUAGAGGCUGACUGAUUGAAAAGGAAAUCAAAUUAACCAGAUGAAGAAAGUAACCUAGAUAUAAAUACAUUUAGAAGAUGGACCAUUUGAGUGUUUACCAUGGCAAAAUGUGCACAUCAGAUUACAAACUAAUAUGACCAUUACAUACGUUGCAAAAUGCAUAUGUUGUGUAUGCAUUGUAAGUCACAGAAACUAUUUUCCUGAGUAAAAUAUGAAAUUCACUGUAUUUCAUAUUCUGUAA